UAGGUGGUGGUAGGACACUGUCUUAAGUGAAUAAGACAUUUAUUCAGCAACAAAGCAACUGUUGUAUUUAUGAAUAGGUCAAGGAUGAAUCGACUCUCACAAUUUAUUUAAAUCCACAGAUUCAUUCACAAAAAAUAACCCACUCUAGCCUAAAUAAGGACUGAACCGAUGUGAACGCUAACAGAAUCCUCUACCAACGUUGCGUCUUGGCAAGUCAUCUGAUGUGCGUCAAGGUGAAUUUGUGGUUGCCAUGGGGAGCCCCUUUUCUCUUAAAAACACCAUCACAUCUGGAAUCGUCAGCUCUGCUCAGAGAGGCAGUAAAGAACUGGGUCUUUCCAACUCCAACAUGGACUACAUCCAGACGGACGCUACCAUAGAUUUUGGAAAUUCAGGAGGGCCUCUCAUAAACCUGGAUGGUGAGGUCAUCGGCAUUAAUACCAUGAAAGUGACAGCAGGGAUUUCCUUCGCUAUUCCCUCAGACAGAGUCCGUCUCUUCCUUGACCGAUCUGCAGACAAACAGAAGUCAUGGUUUGGAGAAUCGGGAUCGAAAAGGCGUUACAUUGGAGUGAUGAUGUUGACUUUGACCCCCAGUAUAAUCGAAGAGCUAAGGAUGCGAGACCCGUCCUUCCCUGAUGUUUUUCAUGGAGUUCUCAUCCACCGUGUGAUUGUAGGAUCUCCAGCCAACAGAGCCGGAAUGAAGCCAGGAGAUGUUAUUAUUGAGAUCAAUGGGGUAAAGGUGAACACGUCGGAGGAGAUAUAUAAUGCUGUGAGGACCAGCGAAAGCUUGUCCCGGUGGUGGUCCGCCGGGGGGCCGACCUGCUUAUGCUGCACAUGACCCCAGAGUCCACAGAGCGACAUCAAGUCAAGUAUUUAGUAAGAUUAAGAAAUGGUGAGUAAUGAGAAGCUGUCAUAGUUGGAGAUGUUGUAAGAAAGGAAUCAUCUAAAGAGUUGAACAGUUUUAGCAAACGCUGGACAUUCGUGUAGUAAACGUGUUUCUGGAAGCGUAUGAAAUAAUGUGGAUGAUUCAGACUUCUGUACACUGGAUAAACCUCAGUGUGUCUGUGCAAACUACACUAUCAGUAUUGAUUUGAAGGAAUAUCACUGAAUAUUUUGUUUAGGAUUGUCAUGAUGGCAACAAACACUCAACGACCUUAAUAAAACUGGGUGCUCUUAUUGUGAAAAUGCUGAUGUUUUGUAUUGAGUCUCACAUUCUCAUGUUACGACGUUUGUAUUUUAAUACAUUUUUCUGAACAGCUCUGAUUUCACAAUAAACCAUUGGAAUAUUUAUGGAU